AUGGAUGAAACCUGGAAGAUGGAGAAACUUGCAAAAGCUUACAUCAAAAAUGUGGUGAGAUUACAUGGAGUUCCAAAGGAUAUUGUGUCUAACAGAGAUUCUAGGUUUCUUUCAAGCUACCAUGCAAGCAUUGGCAUGGAUCCAUUUGAGGCAUUAUAUGGAAGGAAGUGUCGUAGUCCGAUCUGUUGGAACGACAUAAGUGAAACAAUGAUUUUAGGGCUUCAAAUGAUUAAGGAUACAAUUAAGAAGGUAAGGGAGAUUCAAGCGGUGCAAGAUCGCCAAAAGAGCUACGCGGACUUGAAGCGUAAAGAGGAGGAAUUUGAGGUUGGUGACAAAGUUUUGUUAAAGUUAAGAAGGUAUAUCCCUGAUAAGUCACAUGUGCUACAACCCGAGACCAUUGAGUUAGAUCAAAGCUUAACUUAUGAGGAAAGAUCUUUCAAGAUUCUUGACAGUAAAGAGUAUGAAGAAGCAACUUGGGAAGCUGAGGAUGAGAUGAAAAAGAAAUAUCCUGAGUUGUUUAAGAUUUGGUUUUGA